GUUACUGGUAGAUACGAUCACUCACUCACAGUGGUCACAAUGUCACCACACUGUGUGUGGCUAGUAAUUGUUGGAGGAUAUGAAGAGACUAAAUGGAAAGAUGUUGGAGGAGGAAAGAAGGUGCCAAUGGCUAAAUAUAUCACUGAUACUAAUAGACUAAUAAUGAUAAUUGAAUUAGUAUAUAGUGAAGCUGGUGAGUGGAUAGUACAGUCAGUACUGGAUGGUAAUGAUCUCACUAGUAAGAACUAUCAAGAAAAGUAUCAAUUGUACAGCAAGACCAGAACAUGGUGGAUGGAUCAGCUAAUAGAAUAUCCGACAGAGAGGGAAAUGAAGCUUCAGAGAUAUAUACAAUCUUUACAUGAAGACCUACAAGUGGCUCAUGAGAGCAAAGUAUCACUACAGGAGGCACUGGUUGAGGCCAAUAAACAAGUGUGA